AAAGAAAUUCGAUUUAUAAUUAAAAUUAUUAUUAUUAUAAUGGAAAUUGUAGACACGUAUUACAGCAAAGAUGAAUAUGUGGAAACGGCCUCCGGGAACAAGGUGAGCCGUCAAACCGUUCUCUGUGGCUCCCAGAACAUUGUGCUCAACGGCAAGGUGAUUGUGCAGAGUGGCGCCAUCAUUCGUGGCGAUCUGGCCAAUGUGCGUACGGGCCGAUAUUGUGUGAUAAGCAAAAAUUCUGUAAUAAGACCGCCCUACAAGCAAUUCAGCAAAGGCAUCGCCUUCUUUCCCAUGCACAUUGGCGAUCAUGUUUUCAUUGGCGAGGGCGCCGUCGUCUCGGCGGCCAUAAUUGGCUCCUUUGUCUACAUUGGCAAGAAUGCCAUUAUUGGUCGUCGCUGCACUUUGAAGGAUUGCUGUGUUAUCGAGGAUGGGGCUGUGCUGCCGCCGGAGACAACUGUGUCCAGCUAUAUGCGAUAUACGGCAAAGGGCAGCAUUGAGGGUGGACAGGGCAAUCCUUACUUUGUGCCCGCAGCCAUGCAGGACGAGAUGGUCAACUAUACAAAGUCAUUCUACGAACACUUUUUGCGCACCCCAGCGCCAGCCAGUUGAGCAAAUGGGAACCGCAAUAAUUUAACUAACAUUAAGUAUUAUUAUUAAAUGCGAAAAACAAAAGA